CAAUGUGCUUUUGAAGCUGCUGAUGCACCCGAUCUCUCUCUGAAUGAAGAUUGAAUUUCAGCCGGACUGAAACAUCCUGCCGUGUCAAUCAUCCGAUAGUAGAUGGGGAGGAUUUGAAGAAAGAAAUCUGAAACUUAAUGUCACGUCAAGAUUUGAAAUCACUCGAUUUGUCAGGAUCUGAAUGUCACGGACCUUUCACUGUGGAGGGAGAAAUGUUUCUCUGUUCUGUCUGCUUCAAAAGAUUUUAAACACAGGAUUGUGAUGCGCGCACACCCGAGUGAGAGUGUUUCAGUGCACCGACAAUGAAAACACUUUAACCAGCAAAAUGAUCUGAAAAAAAAUGUCAUAAUUCACAGCAGAGAGAGACAAUUCAUGUGCUUUGGGUGUGGCCAAGGCUUCAACUGAUUAUUGAACCUGGAGUGGGAAUGAGAUCGUACUCAGCAUGGAUAAACCCUGGAAGUGUGGGCAUUGUGGGAAGGGAUUCUAUUACCCAUCUGCUCUUGAGAUCCAUGAGCGCAGACACACUGGGGAGAGGCCGUUCACCUGUUUUGUGUGUGAGAAAGGAUUCAGUGCUAUCUCCAAUCUGCUGACACACCAGAAAGUUCAUGCUGUGGAGAGGCCACUCAACUCCAACAGUGGGAAGGGACUCGCGGAUACAUCCACCGCAGUCACACGCAAGCAAGUUCACACCCAGAAGAAGAUAUUCCCCUGCUCGGAUUGUGAGAAGGAAUUCACCAGUUCAGCCAAUCUGCUGAGACACAAGCGAGUUCACACUGGGGAGAGACCGUAUACUUGCUGUGAGUGUGGGAAAGGAUUUGCUCAGUCGUCUGGCUUGGUUAUUCACCAACGGAUUCACACUGGGGAGAGGCCGUUCGUCUGCUCUCAGUGUGGGAAGGGAUUCACUGAUUCGCACACCCUGUUGCAACACGAACGAGUUCACACCGGGGAGAGGCCUUUUGUCUGUUCUCAGUGUGGGAAGGGAUUCACACAGUUAUCCAACCUGCAAGCUCACCAGCGGGUUCACACUGGAGAGAGGCCAUUCACCUGCUCUCAGUGCGAAAAGGGAUUCACGCAUCUAUCCAGCCUACAAGUACAUCAGCGGGUUCACACUGGGGAGAGGCCGUUCACCUGCUCUCAGUGCGGGAAAGGGUUUUCUCGAUUAUCCAGCCUGCAGAAACACCAGCGAGUUCACACUGGGGAGAGGCCAUUCAUCUGCUCGCAGUGUGGGAAAGGAUUCACGCAGUUAUCCAACCUGCAGAGACACCAGCGAGUUCACACCCGGGAGAGAUCAUUCAGCUGCUGUCAGUGCGGGAAGGGAUUCACACAGUCAUUGCACCUGCAGGAACACCAGCGAAUUCACACUGGGGAGAGGCCGUUCAGCUGUACUCAGUGCGGGAAGGAAUUCACAUGUUCAUCCCGCCUGCAGAGACACCAGCGAGUUCACACCAGGGAGAGAUCUUUCAACUGCUCUGUGUGCGGGAGGGGAUUCACACAGUCAUCCCAUCUGCAAGCACACCAGCGAGUUCACACUGGAGAGAGGCCGUUCGCCUGCUCUCAGUGUGGGAAAGGAUUCACAUGUUCAUCCCACCUGCAGAGGCACCAGCGAGUUCACACCGGGGAGAAACUGUUCAGCUGCUCUCAGUGCGGGAAAGGAUUCUCUCAAUUAUCCAACCUACAAGCACACCAGCGAGUUCACACUGGGGAGAGGCCAUUCGCCUGCUCUCAGUGUGGGAAGGGAUUCUCUCACUUAUCCAACCUGCAGAGACACCAGCGAGUUCACACUGGGGAGAGACCAUUCACCUGCUCUCAAUGCGGGAAGGGAUUCACGCAGUUAUCCAGCCUGCAGAAACACCAGCGCGAUCACCACUGACUGCAUGGUGUGAACUGCUGUUAGUGCUGCUGCUCAUUCACGUUCAGGACUGAACCCUGGUUCGAUCUGCUAGUGGGUGAAGUGGGCGGCUCAGAGAGUUUCUUUCUGCUGAAAUGGCCAUCCUCACUGUUUCCAGUGAGGUGGAUGCUUCAAACUCCAUCUGAAUUGUUGAAUGAAAGGAAAGGUUGGAAGGUACAAGUUCUUCAGUUUGCAUUUCAUUUUCUCCAAUAGCAUGCCACAUUGGCAUGGAGACGGUCACGUUUGGAGGUUGUUUUGUUUAAUUGACGUGGGUGCUUCUCACAGAAGGUAUUUGGAGAUUUAUAAAUGUGGCAGCUCAUUUGGAAUUGCUGAGAGGAAAUGAAGCUGGAAAGUUUGCUGAGCUUGGAGCUGGAGGAAGAAAUCUCCAAUAAGGCUGUCAGUCAAAGGCACUGAGUCUUGUGUUGGCAGGAAACUGUCAUACAUUGGAGAUAUCAAUGAGGAGCAGGAAGGGCAUUCAGCCCUCGAGACUGCCUAACCAUGUGAUUAAGAUUGUGAUUAAUCUGUUUGUCAUCUCCACGCCAUGUUCCUGCCUGAACCCUUGAAGCUUUGCCCCAAGGUGGGCAAAAAAAUGGUGCCAACAAUGGAACUGAGGCAGUAGAACUGGUAUGUUCUCACUGUCAAAGGGUGGAACCUUUAAAGCAAAUUGCUGGAGAUCAAGGAGUAAAUCACUGUUGGGAAAAGCGGCUGGUUUUUCUUCAAGAAUUGUUGCACCAAAGAGAGAAGCUUCUAAGAAAGCCAUCCUUUCUACUGUAUUUACCAUGAGUGAAAAUAGAUGCGAGCAAUUCUGAAGCAUUUAUAUUUUCAGGGAAGUCACUCUGGAUGUCCAAGAAAGCCCCCAAAAAGUUUUCAUUUUAUGUUGCUGGCUCAACUGAAACAUUAUUAUGAAAAGCUUUGGACCAUUACCAAAAUGUUCAUUGUUUAAUUACAGGUUAUUGUGGGGAAAUGUAUGUGU